AUUACUUGUGUGAAAAUUGUAAAAAUAAAAAGUUUAGAUGCAUAAUGGUUUUUUCCUAACACUCAGGCUGGCCAAUUAAUAUUUUGGAGAAAAUAGAAAGACAAACGUAAGAACCGGACGUUCAUAUACUCAAAUUAACGAUUUUGUGCUUUUCUUUUAUAAAUUUAAUUUGUUACUUUUUUCCUUAACUCCAAUUAGAAAAAGAGAUACUGUUACGAUUUAGUUUUAUAAGAUAUGAACCUAAAAGCCAUGAAGGAAAUGGAGACUGAAAAAAUACAAGAGGAUGGAUCAUCAAAAGUUGUGGUGGAAACGACGGAACAUCGUUCUUCGGCGGGGAAAGGCUCAGAGCAAAGAAAUGUAGAGGUGGUUCAUCAAUCUCAUCCCAAAACUAGCGGCGGAGUUCUUGUCGGAGCUGCUGCUGCCGUUGAAUCCACCCUUAAAUCUGCCAAAGAAGUCAUCUCUCAAAAUAAAAAAUAAAUAAUCAUAUUUACAACUGUAAAAAUCCUCUUUGUAUUCCCAUAAUGAAACCCCUAAAUGUUAUUAGUUUUCACCGGUUUUUAAUUUUUCUAAUCUAUACCAAAUAUUAUUAUUGGUUACAAAUAUCAAGAAAUAAAAAUGUCUAUAAGAUAAAAUGUGAGCUUAUAACACUGUUAAGAAUAAAGUUGGAUAAAGCCUUUUUUUU